UGAAAGAACACUUGCCGGAUGUUUCCUCAGCCUUCAAACUUUUUAUCCGCAGACUCAGAUUCGCUCUAUACGUUCCCUGGAUCUUCAAAUCUCCUUGAGCCCACCUAUCCUUUGAGCUGGCUACAGAACAAUAAGACACGAGCCUCUCGUCUAGCAGCGCCUUCUAAACUUCUUAGAUCAACACGUCCACAUCAUCAACGGCGAUCAAAGAAUAUCUUGACAUCAACCUCGAGUACGAUCUUUGGGCAUUGGAACAUCCCAGUUAAAAACGAGACGCGUGUUCACAACAAAGGAAAAGGCAAGGCUGGCACUAGUGGAGCAUCUCAGAGAGGAAUUGCUGCUAUGGGGACAACUCCUGCAGCUAGCCCCACAGAUAAUCAACCAGAGCCAGUAAACACUACAUCCACCCUUACCUCAUCCUCAUCAUCACCCAUUCCUCGUGAACAAAUAUCAGAGCCUCGCAAACCACCCCUCACCUUCAAAACGCUACGACGUAUGCCUUCAAAUCUCUAUAAUAACUCAACAACCUCAUGGACCAUUGGCCAGCAAACGAAGGGCAGCAAUACAAAGACUCAGGCUGUAGCAUCGACCACUUCAAGACCCUCGUCCCCGUCAUUUCCUGAAGCCCCUUCCUCCUCCACAUCUGCACCUGUUGCAACCAAUAAGAACGAUAGCCAGGCUAAAGAGUCAGCACAUGCGGCAGACGCAUUCACCACAAGAUCCAAGUUCCUAAGGGCAUUUGGCAAGUUCAAGGACAAGCAUUUGUCUCAAAAGAGAGCCAAUGCCACUGACGCUGGGACAACAGGAGCAUCGUCUGUGACAAGUAAUAAUAGCAUCAGCACAAACAACGCGACUUCCGCCUCAAAUUCCUCGUCGUUUGUCCUUCCUCCCACGAAGCUCAGCCAUGGGGUUCCACUGAGCUCGCCUGAGCAGGGCUCGAGCGCUCACCUAGGUCAUUCUGAUAUUACGUCCGUUUCGAUGUCUCACAUCGAAUCAACACCAACAACCCCUGGGGAAAACAAGGAGCAACUGUAUGACAUUGACAUGAAGGACUCUGAAGCACCCCGUCGUCCUAGUCUUCUUCACAACCGACCAUCAUCCUCUUCAUUGCGAGUUAAAUUCAAAAACCGAGUCAACACCACUCUUGCUUCUAUAAAAUCUUCUUCCAACCUCCGAGAAAAGGCACAAGCCCAAGCAGCAGCCCCUGCUUCCUCCACUUCCAACUUUCCUCCCAACUCUCCUCCUGAUACCCCAACUGAACAACCUCAGUCCCCCUCUACUCCAACUACACCAGACUCUCAGCAAAGUGGCCAAAUGAUUAAACUCGCCAGACCCUUUUGGACUUUUCCUCGCGUUCGUCCUGAAUCUAGUACCUCUUCAAAGCUGCAACCAUGGAAUGCUAACAGCCGACCCAACUCUUUGGUAGAGGAAAAAACCCCUUGUCCCAAGGAUACACAUCCCGAUUUUGACACCGUCAUGAUCUCGCCUCAGCUUUGUUCAGCUCCUCAGUUUCAUAAUGAAGAGGAACCAAGCUCUGAUGACGAAUCCAUUGAUAUCAUUAUGCCUAGCGACUAUGAUGAUUACACUCAGUUCGCAGAGCUCCCUCUCAAGAAGCAGAAGAAAUUGAGAGCCAGGGCCGCCGCCGCUGCUGCUGCUGCUGAUGGUGGUGCCAGGGUACAAGACGGCUCAAACAGGCGACCCUUGAAGCGAUUUUUGCUCCCUCACAAGGUCAAGAGCGGAAUAAAAGAGAAUGUCAGCAGUAGUGGUAAUAGCAACGCAAAUAUCCAGACUAGCCCUUCAGGUGGAUUUAUAAUUCCGCAAAGAAACACUAAGAAACGACCCAAAGAUCAGGAUUCGAUUGAACAGAGGCGACAACAAGAGGAGCCGAAUAAAAUGGCCAAAUCGAAUUCUGGGGAGCCUUCAGACUGGCGUAGAAACAUCAUGAGAUCUCUUCAUAUCGGUCGGAGCAACCAAGCUUCAAACAAGAACCAAAACGAGACGACGCCAGGCCAAAAGAACGCAGAGAAUCAAAUAGAUACACUGUCCCCCCCUGAGUUGACCCACCAAAGGGAUAGUGGUGUCUACUCUGGAGACCAAGCUACCCGUCUUAAACGAUCUGAAAGCGUCAACUCAACCCGAUCACGCUCUUUGGACACCUCUACUCAUCCAGGCCUACUAGCCACUACACUUCCCAAGCCCUCUUCAGCCACCGUCACAAGUCCUGGAUCACGUCGUGAAACACUUGAGAUGGCCAUGCGUCGACGCCGAAGAAGCAGCACUGUCCGGUCGAUCUUCAUGGACCCCUCCAAGACAUUGCGUCCUCCACACUUUUUAGAUGAUGAUGCUGCAUCUGCACAUGUGACCCAUACUUUCACAAGCUUCACACUUGAACUAGCGGAUAUUCAUCAUGCACAAGCCGUCGUAAACAACUCGGCGGUCCCUGGGUUGUUCAACUUUAAGCGACAGCCUCGUCUAACGACAUCUUCAGUGAACAAUAUGGAUACUGAUCAUGAAUUCAAGGGCUUUGACUCGGAGGAUGCGAUGAGCGGCUACACCGGCGAUGCUGAUAUGUCUAUGGAGGAGAUCUUUGUUCGUCCCAGGACACCGCCAGCUUCUAAAGCCCACGAAUCCAAGGACAAAGGAGAGGUUCGUGAGUCUAGCUCCACAGACAGUUUGUCUCGAAGGAAGAUGUCGAUGGGAGAUGCAGAUUCAGACACUGUUCCUGAGCUUCUGUCUCUCUCUGCCCGUACGAGGGAUAUGAAUCGAAGCAAUGGCAGUGGUCGUGUCGGCAGCAGUUUCAGCAACGGCAGAGAAAGUCCAAGGGCAUCUAGGAAUGGAUCGCCUGUUCUGACUCGAAAAGCAGGCCGUAAUUUCCUUAGUACCUCUCCUGGAGCAGUUGGGGCCUCUGCUACCAGUUCCACAGCAUCUUCACCUCCUCGUCAAUCUAGCCAUGUCCUUUCAAUGGAAGAGGUCGUCUCGUGGAAGCCGAGGCCCUCAUCACAGCAGCCUCGUUUAUCUGUACCUGCCUUGAACACAAAAGGUCUCCCAAGCACUCGUACAGGCGGGCUUUCAUCCUUACGCACACCACAGUCAGAUGUGUCAUCCUCUGCACCACAAUCACCGGACGUGCCCCGGCACCACCGGCAGCAAUCCUCUGCUCAAUAUAGUCAUCAUCGCCAGCACACUUCAGCAGACACUCUCAUCCCUCAUCAUCUGAAGAAUUUCAGCACAGCCUCUACCAUGACAGCGAAUUCUGCGUACUAUGCCCAAACCCUUAAUGGUUACCCUAUACCCUCGGGUUCUCAACCAAGAGAGUUUGAUGCGACUGUAGACUUUUCUCCCUCCACACCAUCAGACCUCAAAACGAUGGAUUUUGAAUCACUUUUGAGAACAGCUGAACGUGAGCAGCAGAAAGGACAGGAAGAACGAACUUUGAAGAAAAAGAAAAGCUUUCAAUUCCAGAACGCCAAAUCGCUCCGGCUCCAACAGCAUCAACAACAGUAUGUAUCGGGCAACCGGAGCAAUGCAGAUCACUAUGGCAGCAAUAUCUACGACAACUAUGCACCUGUGAGCACUAAAAGUGCGCUGUCAGCAUUGGUGGCAUCGAAUUCUAAUAUGGACGAGCCACGCGCACGGGGAAUAGAGAAUUAUAGUUACGAAAGUCCUCAACACAGUCCACCCAACAGCAUCCAACAUAGCUGGAACCACAACAGCAACGCCAAUAAAUAUGGUGGACUUCAGGUGUCAAACAACCGAAUGGAGCACCAACGACCGAUGUCUUCACUGGGUCAGUAUCCUAGGAUUCCGGUCUCCAAGAACGCAAUUACGUUUGAUUUGACAGAGAGUGGAGGUAUACCCAUUAACAGUGGACGAGUUAAUCCUCGGUCCAAGCGUGUCAUGAAGAAGAAGACGAGUGUGAUCAAGUUGAGUGGCAACGUUCAAGGCCGUCGAGAGGAUGAUGGUAUGAUCCGUGUCAUGGUUACACCGCUAACGGAUCAUCGUCAAUGGCGAGCAUCUUAAUUGCUUUUUUAUUUUAUUUUAUUUGUAUUUUGAUCAUGAAUUUGUUCAUUUGUUAUCGUUGUUUUUAUUAUUGCCCUUGUAUCAUUUCCCUGUAUCUUUUGUUCUUGUUGUUGUAUUUUUUUAUGCAUACCCAUCAUACCCUUCUUCAUUCUACUUUUUUCGUUCUUUUCUCUUCUUUUCUAUUAACAAGCGAUUCUGUUUGC